AUGGCAUGGGGUGCAGAACUAGCCCAACGCAUACCUCCCCUGGCUUCUUGGACCUUCUAUCUGGUCAAUUGCGAGACUCCACGGGACUUUAAUGCAACUGCAUUCAAAUUCAACCUCGAGUAUGGAAAGGAUCUCUAUAGCGGUGCCGGCCCCAGAUACAACUUCUUCUUUCUACCUGGUGCUACCCCCGAACAAUGUAUCGCGCACUAUCGUGGUGAGAUAGCUGCUCGCGGUACCAGGUGGCGUCAGGUGCGCCAAGUGAGGAUGGCCAUAAAGGAGAUGAAGGAGGAAGAGGACGAAGGAGCUGACAAUUCAGCUCAAGAAUCAUCUUCUGAUGAGGAUGAGGAUGAGGAUGAGACUCAACCCGGAAUUACAAACGAACACGGACUUCCAGGUCUACCCUGGCCGAAACACGAGAAUGAUUGGCUCUUUACUAACUACCGUCAAUGCCUCUUCAUGUAUCUUGAUCCAAGCUCAGACAUUCAAUCCAGUCGUAAUGUCUGCCUCGUCAAAUUUGAUCCGAUGCCUAUUAAAUGGGAGGAAGGUGCAAGGGUCCGAUGGGAUCCAAAAGAACAACCUAUUUGUACAAAGUAUAUGAAGUUGAUCGAUGAAGGGGGCGGUGAGGAAGAUCUUCGUGACUGGAUACAGGAUCGAAGAGAUGCCCGUUGGGUAUUAGAGGCCAGUGGUGCCACCGAACAGGCCAAAACACCUGGCAGGAAGGCCUGGUGA